UGCUGCUCUCUCUGGGCCACGGGGGAGGGGCAGGGUGGCUCCUCACAGCAAGGGUGGUAGUCACUGGGCUCUGCCCACCUGCCGCUAACCAGGCCCCGGGCCCCUUCCCAUGGCAGAAGGGACCUUCCCCUUUACCUCCGCCACGCUGCGCUCCCUCCGCCUGCAGCGGGAGUGGCUGGAGUGGGAGGACAGGCGCAGGGCAGCAGCCCAGCUCUGCCGGAGCCAAAGGUGCCCCCCAAGUUCUCUGGCCCGACUCACUAGGCCUCGCCGCUCCUGCCGAGACCCAGCGGUCCAGAAUGCCCUGUUCUCCGGCAACCUGCAGCAGGUCCAAGCCCUGUUCCGAGACGAAGAUGCCGCCAACAUGAUUGUGGAGACUGAGAGCAACCAGCUGGCCUGGUCGCCUGAACAGGGGUUCUGGGUACUGACCCCCAAGACCAAGCAGACAGUGCCCCUCACUAUUGCUGCGGCCCGAGGCUAUACCGACUGUGCCCGCCACCUCAUCCGGCAGGGAGCUGAGCUGGAUGCCCGGGUUGGGGGCCCGGCUGCCUUGCACGAGGCAUGUGCCCAAGCCCACUCGGACUGUGUGCGGCUGCUGCUGACCUUCGGUGCCAAAGCCAAUGUGUUGUCUGAGGAAGGCACAACCCCCUUGCACCUCUGUACAGCGCCUGAGUCCUUACAGUGCGCCAAGCUGCUGCUGGAGGCAGGAGCUACUGUCAACGUGGCUGCGAGGGACAGCGAGAUGACACCCCUGCACGUGGCGGCGGCCCGCGGCCUGGAGGAGCACGUGGCUCUCUAUUUGGCGCAUGGAGCCAACGUGGGGCUGCGCACCAGCCAGGGGGAGACAGCGCUGAACGCUGCUUGCGCGGGGGCCGAGGGCCCCGGCAAUGGCCGGAGCCACCAGGCUGUGGCGCGCCAGCUCCUGGAAGCUGGGGCUGAUGCCCAGGCGGCCGGGCGCAAGCGCCACACACCCCUGCACAACGCCUGUGCCAACGGCUGCGGGGCCCUGGCCGAGCUCCUGCUGCGCCACGGGGCCUGCGCUGGAGUCUCCAACUCAGCGGGCCACACGCCCAUGGACUGCGUGCUGCAGGCGGUCCAGGACACCCCCAACUGGGAGCCCGAGGUCCUCUUCGGGGCACUGCUGGACUACGGGGCCCAGCCAGUGCACCCUGAGAUGCUGAAACACUGUGCCAACCUCCCUCGGGCACUAGAAGUCCUACUUAAUGCCUACCCUUGUGUUCCAUCCUGUGAUACCUGGGUGGAGGCAGUACUCCCAGAGCUGUGGCAGGAGCAUGAAGCCUUCUACAGCUCGGCCCUGGCCAUGGUGAACCAGCCGAGGCGGCUGCAGCACCUGGCCCGGCUGGCUGUGCGUGCUCAGUUGGGCAACCGCUGCCGACAGGCUGCCGACCGCCUCCCGCUGCCCCAGCUCCUCAGGGACUACCUGCUGCUGCGUGUGGAGGGGCGCAUCCAGUGAGCACCAGGCCAGGCUGCCCCCACAGCUUGUCCUUUCUCCGUCCAUCUUACUCCCCCCGCCCCAACCCUGGACGACGAGACCCUGGGCCUCUGUUUAUACUCCACCUCCCUCCACUGACUCCUGACCAGCCUUACCUGAGCUUCAGCUCCUCUCUUUGAGGGAAAGGUCUGCAGACUCAGACCUCAGCCAUCUCAUCCUCUUUGCCUAAGUGGAUGAUGCCUCAAGCCCAGAGGUGGUGACUGUUGUUGUAACCCCUCAUCUUCUGCCACCAAUGUAUCUAAAAUCAGUUUCCUAUAAAGAGUGACAGACUCUG